AUGUCUGCUUUGCAGAUUGGAAACGGAUUGGUAAGUCUCUUGAAUUCCUUGGGCGGUUACACUGUUAGUUAACUAAUUGUAUACGUUCAAUAGAUACUUGGAAAAUAUCCCUAACAUCAAUAAAAAGCAAUACACUAAUGUUUAAUUCGAUUUAUUUUUUGUUAAUCGGGUAAAAAAUUUAAAAAAAAACUGCGGAGAAUCUAUUAAUAUUAGUACUGCUACCAGUACCUAACAGAUAUUGAACUUGGUAUUCGUAAAUGAAUAUUAUUCGUGUUUUAGUACGAAGCCAGGCCACACCCCGGUUAUCCAGAAGCUGUGCCAGACAUGAUUUAUACCGUUCCGAUCCCGGUCGAAGCAACCGUUUCACCCGAUGACUCCUAUCAACAUUAUUCUCAAAAGUAA